AUGGCUCUCGCUUUGACUGGCUUGUUGGGGACCUGCGCUUUCGGAAUUUGCUAUUGGGAUCGCCGCACCCUACUAGGCAUCGCGCUGCAUUUUGGUGAGUUCCCGCUCCCUCCUUUCGGCUUCCCGGAAUUGUUACCAUUACACCAACACCCUUCCUACUGUGUCUCUCUCUCCUCUCGUCCUCCUCGCUCCCUCUCCCUCUCGUCCCCCUCCCUCCCUCUCCCUCUCGUCCCCCUCCCUCCCUCUCCCUCUCGUCCCCCUCCCUCCCUCUCCCUCUCGCCCCCCUCCCUCCUUUCUGCCCCCAUGAAUUGCUCUCAUUCCGCUCGCCCCUUUCCCCCGUUCGCUCCACUCUGA